GGGAAGUCCAGCCCACGCGUAACAGCAGCCCCAUAGUAGUAGAGACGCGGUGUAGCAAAGAUUGGGGAGUGUAGCGGACGCAGUAGGCCGCAGCAUUCACUCUGCCGCCGCCAUUAUUAUUAUUAUUGCACCAACAAGUUCAACUUUCUUGCUAACCGACUCGGCCAGUUUGGGCUUGGCGUCUUCGAACUGCGAGUUCAUCGUUUGACUUCGUUCACCCCAGCGCCCGUCUUCCAUCUGGAAUCUCGCACCAUUAUUUCCAAUUCACCACAUCGACACUCUUUACUGCUCCUGCUCCAGGAAUAGUGUUCUACUACCCUCCUCUGACCGCCACACCCACACUCACACUCACAUCCACCCUUGGCAGCUCUUCGUCAGCUCAGUCGCGAACAUGGGUCUCACAUUCUCGAAGCUUUUUGACAGACUAUGGGGGAAGAAGGAGAUGAGAAUUCUGAUGGUUGGUCUUGACGCGGCCGGAAAGACCACCAUUCUGUACAAGCUCAAGCUCGGUGAAAUUGUCACCACCAUUCCAACAAUCGGCUUCAACGUUGAAACGGUCGAAUACAAGAACAUUCAGUUCACAGUGUGGGAUGUUGGUGGUCAAGACAAGAUUCGACCUCUGUGGAGGCAUUACUUCCAGAACACCCAAGGUAUCAUCUUCGUGGUCGAUUCCAACGACAGAGAUCGUAUUGUCGAGGCACGUGAAGAGCUCCAGCGCAUGCUGAACGAGGAUGAGCUGCGUGAUGCGCUCCUGUUGGUCUUCGCCAACAAGCAAGACCUUCCUAACGCCAUGAAUGCCGCCGAAAUCACCGACAAACUUGGUCUUCACAGUCUCCGCCAACGUGCCUGGUACAUCCAAUCCACUUGCGCUACCUCCGGUGACGGUCUGUACGAGGGUCUCGAAUGGUUGAGCAACUCUCUCCGCAAAGCCGGCCACAACUGAUUGCUUGUUGCUGUUACUUUUUGGGGAGCGCAACUGUUAGCCGUGGCUUCAAUGACAUAGACAGUCAUUUCUCCCAAUCAGAUCUGUCAUGUCUCUUCCGCAAGAAAAAGUUCCUGCAAGACCUGCAGUGGUGCUCAGGAUUCAUCGUCCAGAAUACCGACACUGCAGCCAGCUUGCUCAAAUUGAAAAUGGCCCCAUCACGCAUAUGAAUGAUCUGCCUAUGUUCUGGUCUGUUACAGAGGUCUUUCACAUUGGGGGAGUUCGUUCGAUAGUUUUUGCGCGAUUGCUGGCAUGCCUUGGCUUCGGGCGGCAGAAUCCGGCACUCUGCAGGACCGUGGCACAGGUCGUGAGCAGUCAAUAGAAUUCAUUUUGCAAUCCA